CAUAAGCAAGCGAUGGAGAGCAUGGCUUCUGGGGCCUCCUCCCUAGACAGCGCUGGAAGCAGUGAUGGAGCUCUCAACGUGGACCGAGAUAUCGGAGGCUGCGACGGCGUUGGAAACACCGAGUGCCGAGGCGAUUACGACGACUUGCAAGCACAGUACCAAUUAUUGAGACACAAGCACUCAGACACUAUUAGACGGUGCGAGCAUACUAUGAAGGAGCUGGAGUACUACCGUAGCCAGCACAUAGCAGCGAUGAGCCAAUCAGAAUCGACAUCCGUCCAGGAUCCGGGCGCCUCGUUGCGCUCAAAGUACAGCGACAAGCAGCUGCUCGACAAAGACGACAACAACCUGCUGGUGGCCGAUUCCGCGGCCAACGCGGCCGACGCCAUGAAUCAGCACUACAUCUCGGCUUUGAGGAAAUACGAGGCCGUCAAGGACGAGUACGAGUCGCUCAGGAAGCGCUACGACGAUCUCAUAUCCUCGCACUCGUCCGCCGUCAAUAAGCUCGAGUUGGCCCAGGAUGAAUCGGCGAGGCUGAAGAAACAGUACGAGGACGUGGUCCAGGGUCGCAAUAGCGCGGUACGCGAGUGCAACGGUCUGAAGCAGCAGUGCACCGCGGCUAUACGGCAAUGGGACAUAGCUCUGAGGGAGAGAAACGAGUACCGGGAGGCUCUGACCAAGGUCUCGCAGCAGCACGAACAGUCGGUCAAGGAGAUCAAUCAGAUGAUGAUCGGCCGGAUGAAGGCCACCAAGGAGAUCAAGAGGCUCACGGAGGAGCGCAACGCGGCCAUGCACGAGUACAGUCUGAUCAUGAGCGAGCGGGACAACGUGCACCAGGAGAUGGAGACCCUCAGCAACGAUCUCAGCCAAGCGUACAACAAGAUCACUCAUCUCGAGAACGACAACAAGAAACUCAUCGAGGAGAAAAAGGCACUGACCUACCAGGUGGAGACACUUGAGCGAGAGAUCGCUUCGUCGCUGAGGGACAGAGACGAGGCGCUCAAAGAGUGCAACGAGUUGCGGCAAAAGUUCGGUGAUUACAGCGAGGCGGCGGGUCGCGAUCACUCGAGCAGUCGACUGGAAUUACACUCGUCGUACGGCAGUGCUACGGAGCGCGACAGCCUGGCGCACAAGGAUGGGGUCGAGAAGGCGAGCGACGCAGCCAACAAGCGCGACAAGGAGCGCAUGGACAACAUCGAUCAGGCGAAUCUCGAGCUGGACAAGAUGCGCAAGUACGUCGACAAGCUGCAGGCCGAGUACGAAGAGGCCAUGCAGGAGGCCGAGGUGUCGAAACGCAGGCGCGACUGGGCGUUCUGCGAGCGCGACAGGAUAGUCGCCGAGCGCGACAACAUUAGGAGCAUGUGCGAAAGACUACGCAAGGAACGAGACCGCGCAGUUUCCGACCUGGCGAACGCACUGCGGGACUCUGACGAAAUAAAAAAGCAACGAAACGAGGCUUCCAAAGAGCUCGCCGACCUCAAGGAGAAGCUCGACUCUGGCGAUCACACUCUACCCGGCCAGUACGGUGGUUAUCAGACCAACGUGCACGACUCGGACAGCGAGUGGGAAGCCGUGACGGUACACCUGGAUUUCGGUAGACUGGGCUCUCACGAUUCGGAGCGCGACCUUGGCCUGAUGCUCGUGGGUGGCCGAGACAACCCCUACUAUCCGGACGACACGGGUGUCUACGUGGCACAGGUUGCACCUGGUAGCGCGAUCGAGGACAAGCUCAGGGUGAACGAUUGCAUACUCAGGGUCAACAACGUCGACUGUUCGUCCGUUUCGACGCGUAUGAUCAUGGACACGUUGAGGUCGUGCAGUGCUGGUCCGGCUACGCUGACGAUUCGUAGGCGCAGGAUUGGCAGGAGACCGCUGAGAACGACACAGCUUCCUAUCGGACAAGUUCCCCACGGCAUCACUCUGGAGAUUGGUGUUUACAUCGCCAAGAUAUCACCCGGUAGUUUGGCUGCCAAGGAUGGCUAUCUCGCAGUUGGUGAUAGAGUGUUGAAUAUCAACAGCAAACAAAUGGAUGGAAUCAUAUCCGUCCACGAGGCAAUGGCAGUACUGAACGACACGUCAACGGACGUUCUUACUAUCACUACUUUGAAGAGUAUGCCACUGGCAGCAGCGUCGAGUUCCGAUGCGAUACCCCUGGAUAGCAGCUACAGUCCGGAAAAGCAGAAAAUGGUAAACAGCUGCUCGCAAACGGAACAUGAGCGCUUGAUGCUCAAAACUUCGGCGUCGGAAGACUACGAAGGCCGCUACAUCGCCUCGAACAUGGGCGAACGCAACCUCUACAAGGUAUCCAAGUCAAUGGGCAGCGAUAAGCCCAGUGGUAUCAGCAACGCUUGGGACAAUUUUCGCGAAAAGAUCGACCUGGUCAGGGGACGUCGGCACAGCAAGGAGCGCGAGGAGAAAAAGAAGAGACAUCGGAAUUCCAGUCCCAACACCUUUGAGCAGGAACAAAAUGCUAUCGCCGAACUAGACUCGGUGAUAGAAAGUUACAAAAAGACCAACGGUAGGUGAAACGGCGUGUUGAAGCGCAGCAAACGUCGUGGCGUGGGCUUAAUCGGCGCCGGCGGUACGACAAGCGGUUUGAGCGGAGUUGCGGUGAGCGGUGGCAGCGAGAAGCAACCGGGAGCCGACAAGAACGGAGGUACGUGGCCGAAGGCGCGCAUCAGCCCACUCAUCCAAAACGGCACCGGCACGAUCCUCCAUCCUCGCAAGACCAAAGAACGCCUACCCCUUAGCGUACUCCUGAACCAUCCCACGAAAUUCGAGCCAAGCGCUUACAAUUACAAUCGCAUCUCCAAUCCCAUACCCCUGUCGAACUUUGGUCCCGUUGGCAUGGGCGGUGGCGUUGGUCUGAGCUCCAACAACAGCAGCAGCAGCAACAGGCACACAGUCUACAAGGCGGUCGAGAGCCCGCUGCCCAGUCUAAGUAAGUCCGCCCAGUUGAACAGUGGUCAGAAGUCGUUCGUGCCGUCGGCCGCCCAAUUCAAGGGACUGCUGGAGAAACCAAUGGUAGACGGGAGCCACGCACCCUCUGAUACGAGCGUUGACUUUGCGAUCAAGUCACCGCGCGACCUCGACUACUACGGCAAGAGUAAGCAGCAGCGCAUGACCCCAAUGUCCUCGAAAUACACGCCCCUCGGUCACGAGGGUCCCAGCCAGAUGGAUUCGAUGACGCACAAUCGCAUGCACUCGCAGCUCUACGGCUCGGGCACUUCACCCAGCUCUGUGCAGCACUCCCGCAUCGUCGGACCCGGUAACUUCUCCAUCCCACCGUACGCCCACUCCCACCCGCACUAUCCGCUCCAGCUGCACCACCACCACCACCACCACCAGCAGCUGCAAAACCAUCACCACCACCAGCAGCAGCAGCAGCAGCAACAGCCGAGCAGUCUCAACUCGAACUUGAGGUACCCAUCGCCGCCGAAUCUGCCGAGCGCUCAGUCGGGCGAGUCCCUCGGGCUACCCGAUAGCCGGCCCUUCUGCUUCGAGCCACCCUACAGUCCCCAACCCCCUCCCCACCAAUCGUCCCAGUCGUCCUCUUCGUCCUCCUCCCAGCCCCCGAAUUUUGGUCACGUGCACGCGCCCUCGAUCGACUUGGCGCACUUUCACAAACCCCGGGCGCACCCCACGAUGAGCUCGUUCGACGUGCCGCCGUACGUGUCGACCCACAACAGCACCGGGGGCUUCGAGGGUGGCACCUUUCCCCGCAAAAAGGAGAACCAGCGCUUUCGCAUACCCUCGAACCCGAGCGUAACCUCCAAGAGCAGCAUCGGUAAGCUGUCCUCGGGGAGUAUCGAGAAAACCUCGGAGCGGGGCAGUCCCAUGCCGACCUUUCACGUCGAAAUCUUGAGCCCCGGCACCCAAUCGAGCAACAACUCGUCGAGCAGCGGCGGUGGGAGCCGUGGACCCGGUGGCGGUGGUGGUAGUGGCAAUAGUAACAACGGGAAGCGCGCGAGCAUGCCCGAUUACUGUUCGUAUCGGCCGCCCUAUGGCCAAGUCAGACGCAUCUACAUCGACAAGAGUCAGGAGCCGUUGGGCAUUCAGAUCCAGUGUCUCCAGACCGGCGGCGUCUUCGUGUCUCAGGUCACGGAGCACAGUCUCGCCUCGCAGGUUGGUCUCCAGGUCGGUGAUCAGCUGCUCGACGUGUGCGGCAUCAACAUGAGGACUUGCUCGACGUACGACGUCGCUGCCAACAUACUCAGGCAGUGCGGUAACACCUUCACCAUACUCGUCCAGUACAGUCCAGACAAGUACAGCGAGCUGGAGGGUUCGGGUUCAUCGAGCGACUCCGACGUCAACCCGGAGAAGGAGAGCGCGAGCCACAGCGGCUCCUCGACGACCCCGUGCAACAGCCCGGAAGCCUCGCGUAAGAGCACGAUCGAGCUCCUCGAAGCCGCUGAGCCACCCGAGCGCGACCAGUCCAGCUUACCUGCCCUCAGAGCACCCAAGGAGCGCGAACGCGACCGCGACAGGGAACGCGAGCUACGCGCCUCUGCUUCUCUUGAGGUGAGGACCACGCAAGACCGCGACCGGGAUAUCAGGAACUCAGCUUCCCUCGACAUCAACAUCCGCAAGCCGGAGCUGCGCUCUUGCGUCACCUUGGACGGUAUGCGCAACAGUAUCGGCGGUACCGGCACUUUAACCCGUGCUCAGAUCAACCAGGCGGUCACUACCUUGCAGCGCCAGAACGCCACCGUGCGAAGCCCAACGCAAGAAGAGCAGAACCGGAACAACAAGGUCCCGCCGCCGACCGAGCCGCGUUACCUGUUCAUCGAAACGCGCAAGUGCUCGAAUCUCGGGAUUUCACUGGUCGGUGGCAACGGGGUAGGCAUCUUUGUGCACACGGUCCAGCCGGGCUGCCUGGCCGAAGAGGCAGGCCUCUUCACCGGUGACAGGAUCCUCGAGUACAACGGCGUCGACUUGCGCCAGGCCACUGCCGAGCAGGCUGCCCUCGAGCUAGCUCGACCGGCCGACAAAGUCACCCUGAUCGCCCAGUACAUGCCGGAACGGUACCACGAGGUCAAGGACAAGCCUGGCGACAGCUUCUACGUCAAGGCCAUGUUCGACCGGGUGCCCGACGGCAGUGACACCCUCCAGCUCAAGUUCAACAAGGACGACGUACUUUACGUGGACAACACGAUGUUCAACGGGACUCCGGGACACUGGAGGGCUUGGCUCGUCGACGCGGCCGGUCGGCGGCUCACUUGCGGUAUCAUACCAAGUAGAUUCAAGGUCGAAGAGGAAGCGCUGUUGCGAAGAUCGCUCGGUGAUUUGGAGCCGGACGCGGGCAGCAGCAGACGAGGCACGACUAGCGCUCGGCGGAGCUUUUUUCGACGUAAGAAGCAUCAGCGCUCGUCGAGCAGGGAUAGCAAAGAAUUGUCCCAUCUUACAGGUGUAGGGAGUAUGGGGUGGUACAGUGACAGUGGUACCUUGAAUGAGGAAAACCUUCCCGUGAGUUACCAACGCGUUGAGAGGCUAGACUAUCCAACAGCACGACCGGUCUUGAUACUUGGUCCGCUCAGCGAAUGCAUUGCAACGAAAUUACCGCAAGAAUUUUCAAACGAGUUUCUUAGGUGCUUGCCCGAGGCGAUGCACUGCUCACAAGCGACACUCGAGCAGGGCUUGAGGGAUUCGCUUUACGUUGAUUACCGCAAGAAAGGCAGCUACUUUGAGUGCACGACCGUCGAAGCGGUCAAAGGAAUUUGUGAAAAGAAUGCCCAUUGUAUUUUGGAUAUAUCGAUAGCGUCGCUGGAACGAUUGCACAGGCACCAGAUAUAUCCCAUUGUACUGUUGAUCAAGUUCAAGAGUACCAAGCAAAUCAAAGAGGUUAAAGAUUCGCGUUAUCCCAGUGACAAAGUUAGUGCCAAAGCAGCUAAGGAAAUGUACGAGCAGGCUUUGAAACUCGAGUCGGAUUAUAGACAAUUUAUAAGCGCAAUUAUUCCUGCUGGAGGCAACAUGUCCGACAUUUGCUCACAAGUCAAAGCAUGCGUUUAUGUAGAGCAGAGCAAGGCGCUUUGGAUGCCUCGGGGUGUUCCUUGACAUUCAAGGGGGGGCUCCCGCAAGCAGCAAUGGAAAUCAAUCUAAAUUCCAUAACGGGGCCCUUACGUCGUUACAAGAAAAUACAUCUGCAAGUUAUUUUUCACGGUCUCACAAUAUUACGAAAAGAAGGUGGGAAUAUUUAUUUUGGUUCUACAUUCGGUUUGCUUCUCGAUUCGUUGUUGCGCGCUUCGCUACGCUCACUCAGUUACUUAACUCGUUUAUUUUCAUGAUCAACUCGUGGCACAGCGUUUACUUUUUAUACACGUUUGUUUUUUUUCCAUAUCGUUUUUCAUUUUUCGUUCAUCUAAUAUAUAGUAGGAAAGCAUGAGUAACAUGUCAUUGCCACGCAUUAUGUUGAGUGAGAGUCAGCGAGCGCGAUUCCUGAUUGUGGUAAGAGUAAGCUCGAGCUUAUGUACUACACAGCGUGAUAUGUGAUAAGAAAAAAAUUGUUAUGUGCUCAUCGUGAGAUGAGCAACAAAAAAAAAAACAAAAAAGAGACCAAAAUACGUCGUAUGAUGGCCCAUGUUGGAAAUAAUCAUUGUUGCACUUAUGAACACAGAAUCGUGGUUUUAUUCGGUUCCUGUAAAUAUUUGUAUAAUUCGCGAAACUUAAGUUAAACAAAAUCAAGAUAAUAAUAUAUAAUUUCAAAUCGUUCGUUGAUAUUAAGUACAUUUGAUUCGUAGUCCGUAUCAAUGUUGUAUAAUUUAUACAGACCGUGAAUGCAUCCUUUCGAGAUGAUUCAAGUCUUUUGAGAUAGAAAACACAGAUUACUUGUAAGAUAUCUUCAUUUACGUUCGAAGAAUUGAAUUUUAAAUUCAGUUUUUAGUAUUUUUUAAUAUUUAACCAUAAUUUAUAAUUUAUGAUUUUUGGCUAUAUCUUAAGUGCAUAGCAAUAUCAUGGUAAAGAGCUUAGGAUACGAGUCUGGACAAUAUACAUUUUAAUCCUGAAACUUUGAAGAUUUUCUAAUUGAUUAUUUUUUAAUUUUCUAUCUUGUUAAAUUUUUCCACACCAACAGCAGAUUUUUAUGCUCAAAUGAUGAGCCCUUUACAUUCAUCCAUCCUUUGCUCGGUACUCGUUACUAUCGUAUUUGUGGUAUGAUUUUUUCAAAGCUUUAACAUUUUAUUAUUAUAUUUAUUAAACAAGAUCAACGUAUGCGUACGUAUUUUCU